AUGGCUGAAACACAAGAUCAAAGAAAGCACUUGGCUCAGUCCAAGUCAAUUGGUCGUUGCACAGUGUCCUGUAUCUUCGUCUUCCUCACUCAAUUGUCCCUCUCUUUGGUCCCCCGCUUCUUCUCUGCCUCAUCCUUUCUCACCCAACUCGCGCUCUCAGCUCUACUGCUUCUGCUGUUUCUGGGUUUUGGUGGAUGGUGCAGAAGGAGGCUUCUUCAAGUCCGUGCUUCAGCUCCGGCUUUCGUUUUCUUCAACAUUCUCUUUAUUUGGGGCUUUUACGUCUCUGUUAUCAGACAAGCUGUGCCACUACUAAACGACGCCGUUUUCAGCGGUGAGGUUGUGUUCCUCGUCAUUGGUCUCUAUAGUAUACUUACAAGCGACCCUGGCAUUGUAACAAAUGGGUCUGCCUCUUCAGACCAACCUUUGAAUAGUUCAGAUUCUCAAGUUGAUAAUCAUGAUGAGGAAUUGGAGCUUCCAUGUCAUGAAUCAACUGAAGGUUCUGGUUUGGGGACGAGGGUACGAUAUUGCAGAAGCUGCAAGGCAUACAUAAAGGGUCUUGACCACCAUUGUCCUGCUUUUGGGAAAUGUAUAGGCCAAAACAAUCAUCUCCUUUUCCUAAUUCUUCUGUUUGGGUUUAUCUCUACCGAAGCUUCUUAUUUAGUAUGCGCAUUGUUUUUUGCUGCCAAAUCCGGGAUCUUAGAUAGACCCAGCAUGGAGCCUACUCUUUCUGAAAAUUUAGCUGUUAGCACAAUUCUGUUCACAAUUCUCCAACUGGUAUGGCAGGUGGUGUUUGUGAUAUGGCAUAUAUAUUGUGUAUGCGUCAACAUCAGAACUGAUGAGUGGAUUAACUGGAAGAAGUAUCCAGAGUUCCACCUUGUUGUUCAACCCCAGCCAGGGCAAAGCUUUGCGAAUAUUAGGUUCAGGAAUCCGUAUGACAAAGGCUUUCUACAGAAUGUGGAGGAGUUUCUAGCAUUAAGAGCAUGGUAG